AUGAUGUCAUUUGGUUGUUUCCUACAGACCACGGCUAUCACAAACCGCGAAGUUCGUCGUUGUUUUGUCAAUUCCAAGCUUCCAAACACACAAAAGAAGAUAACAGAGUUAGCGCUGGCACCGUUGGACUACAGUCUGUUGGUUGUCGGUGCUGUAGGUGGCCUCAUUGAAGUUCUGCGUCCGGACUCGAUCCUCACGUGUUUGCAUCAGUUCUCAGUGCUUAAUCCGACCUUGUCGACAGCAGAUUCGGCUGUUUCGUACCAUUUGACCGGUGUCUGUCUUGUUCCACGGCCAAACUGGCUAACUGGUUCACAGCCUAUCACAGACUUAUCGGAUAAUCGGUCUACACAGUCUGCUGGACGCCCGUCGGAUCCAGACAAUGCACUCGCACACAAGGGUCCAUGUGAUAUUGAACCGUUCAAACGACAUUUCGGGUGGCUUCUGGACGAUGUAGUCCGCUUACGGUUACCUGCAAUUAACGAGUUAACGGAUACGCGUGUUGAAAUGGCCGAUAUUUAUUUGGACGAUUUUCAUUCCGCCCACGUCGGUGAAAUCCACGAGCCUCCUCAUUCGGAAACGAAAAACUUGCUCGAACAAAUUGACAAGUUGAACUCUACCAAUCGAGAAUUGUUCCAUCAACUCAUGAAUCGUGAAUUGCUUGGUUGA